ACCAAAUCUACUUCCGGUAUAGGAGAGGUGACGUUGUCUAUAUUGCGGAGUAGUAGCAUCGGCCUAGCAUAACAUUUCACGAUGGCGGGCAUGCAGUUUGAAUAUGACGAAGAAGGAGGGACGUUUUUCUACUUUCUUUUGUCAUUUUGGAGUUUAUGUCUUAUCCCAGUAACUGUCUACUACUUCUGGCCAUCCAAUACAACACAUGAGCCUGAGAAAGAAAAGAGAAAAGGCUGUAACUGUGAACCGUGUCAACUGAAAAAGAACCGACUGAAGGCCAACUCGAAAUGGGACAAAACCAGGGACAGUGCUGUAAAAUUCGGGCUCAUCAUUGGGUGGAUAAUUUUGAUAGCCCUUGCGUACAAAGUGUCGAAGAUUCAGAUGGACUAUGUGGAAUACGACCCCUACAUGGAGCUUGCUAUAGACCGGGGUGCAUCACAAAAAGAAAUAAAGAAGGCUUAUCGAGCGAUGAGUUUGAAGUACCAUCCGGACAAGGAGACGGGCGACCCUAAGAAGUUCAUGAGAGUGGCUAAGGCUUAUGCAGCAUUAACAGAUGAAGACACGAAGAAAAAUUGGGAGGAGUUUGGUAAUCCCGACGGACCAGGAGCUACGAGAUUUGGUAUUGCAUUGCCAAAAUGGAUUGUCGAGCGGGAAAAUUCCAUGUUGGUCUUGGCUGCGUAUGGUUUAAUCUUCAUGAUCAUCUUACCCGUGGUCGUGGGUAUUUGGUGGUACCGCUCCAUCAAGUUCAGCAAGGACCAGGUGUUGCUGGAUACGACUCGGCUCUACUAUUUCUUCUUCCAGAAGGCACCCAACAUGAUGCUGAAACGUUGUAUAAUGGUGUUGGGCGCGUCAUUUGAAUUUGACAAAUUCCACAACAAAGAGGUUGUGGAGCGGCCGAGCGACAACGAAGAAGUCCCACAGUUGAUUAAACGAUUGCCCCAUCUUGACGAGAAGAAUAAGGAGAAGCCGCUAUGUUUCCCCUACAGUGUCAAAGCCAGGGCUCUCCUCCACGCACACUUUAACCGACUGGACCUCCAAUCCUCUACUCUGGAGCAAGAUAAGCAGUUUGUCAUUGGCAAAUGUCCUUGCCUGAUCAACGAGAUGAUCAACAUCACUGCCCAGCUUGUCGCAGGAGCGGCUCGUAAUGCCGUGGCUCACAUGCCACGCCUUGAGACUGUGGAGAACUGUAUGAAGGCGUCACAAAUGCUGAUUCAAGGCCUCAAUGAGAGGUCAAGCCCGCUGCUGCAGCUCCCCCACAUAGGCCAGGAUAUGCUCAAACAUUUUAACACAAAGAAGAGACAUAUACAGAGAAUCACAGAUCUUAUUGCGAUGAAGGAGGAGGACAGAAGGUUGCUAUUCCGUAACCUUGGUAACGAGGAAUAUAGAGACGUCAUCAAUGUGUGUGCAUCAAUGCCAUACGUUACCAUGGAGGUCAGGUCAGAGGUUCUUGAUGAUGAAGAUUCAACGAUCACGGCUGGCUCUAUCGUCACGGUGACAGUGGUACUCCGUCGAGAGAAUAUGGAGUUUCUAUUUGAGAAGGAAGAUGUUCAGUUUUCUCAUAUGGACCAGGAGGCAGCAGAAGAGACGACCAAAGCAGAAGAAACAGAACUGGAGCUGGCAGAUUCACUUAAAAGCCAGCAGCAACAGGCAACGCAGCCACAGAAAGCAGUGUCUAAAAAACAACAGAAAAGUAAAAAAGUUGUGAAGAAGAAGAAAGCACCGAAACAGGCUUACAACUGGAAGGCGGCAGCUACUGAGAAGGAAACAAGCAAACAGAGCGCAAUGCCUGUGGCGACGGUGGGAGGCGCCGAGACUGACGUUCACAAGAAAGAUGAAGAAAACGACAAUAGCGAGGCAGAGACAGAUGACGGAGGAAACGACUCAGAAGAGGAAAUCGCUAAAACUGUUGAUGUGAUAAGUGACCAGAACAAGAAUGGUGCUGAAGGAGAUGAAGACGAAGAGGAACAAUGGAAAAAGUACCAGGAAGAGGCCAAGCAGGAAACAACUUUAGAUACAAAGGUCAAGGAAAGCCAUCCAGUACACUGUCCAUACUUUUCAGAUGACAGACAAGAGGGCUGGUGGCUCUAUGUUGGUGACAAGAAAAAUCACAUGUUGAUCACAGCACCUGUACAAAUCCAGACCUUAAAAACGAAAGAAGAGGUCCAGUUAAAGUUCUCCGCUCCUAUGAAGCCUGGUGUUUACACUUACUUCGUAAUCCUACGAUCCGACUCGUACCUCGACUACGAUCAGCAACAAAAAAUAAGGCUGGAUGUGAAGGAAGCUAAGUUAGUGAAGGACCAUCCUCAAUGGGACAUAUCGGAUGACGAGGAGGACAAGGAUAAAGAGGACGACAGCGACUCCGAUUACUCAACGGACAUGUCGGAUUCAGAAUGAUUCUACCGUCACAUCACUGUAUUAACUCAUUCACCCCUUCAGACACAUUUGAACUCCUCCAAUUCAAAGGUUGGAAUAGCUCAUUAUGAAAUUUUAGGGGUGGAUGAGAUAAAGAAUGAAUAAGACCAAGUUUUGCAACAGGCCAAAUUCCUGGCAGCCGAAAUCAUCUGACUAUUUAAUGAAACAAUCAAUCUAGAUUUCAAUUUGAUCGGAUCAUUAAAUGAGACCCAUCAAUGUUUAACAAUGACAAUCUCUUGGUCAAAGUUUUUGUUUAACUGCGUUGACAUAGGUAAGUUUUGUAAAAGCAUUGAUUUAUGAAAAUAAAAUAGGUGUCUGGAUAUUUAGGAGAAUAGAAUUGUUUUACAAAAACUUAAAAAAACAAAUAUCCAGCAAAUCAUGGCACUUGUAUUCGGUAAAACUCAUUUAUUGGAGGUUGAUUUUUUUUUUAGAUAAAAGUCAAAAGAUAUGUAUUGUGUUUGAUUGAUAUAGAUACUGACUGCCGUAUAAACUAAGUGUUCAGGUGAACGUGGAAUCAGGGUCAUUGUGGGGCACCAAUUUGCUACCAAAUUCCUCUCAUCAGUGUCAGAAAAACGUUUGAUCUGCUAUCAAAAAAUUAUAUACUUUAACAUUUUGCACAAAAGUCACUGUCGUGCAGAAGCUUGCAAUCAUGGAAACACACUUGAGUGCAAAAACAGUUAUUUGAUCAUAUAUGAUUAUAAACUGUCAUUUGUAUAUACAUUGAAAAGAAGAUGGUUUCCAAUAUAUAAGUUUGAUUUUCUACUCUUAAAUUGUAGAUCUUUGGAGAUUUUAAGUGGUAUUUUUAGUGCCAUGAAUAUGUUUGAAUGAGAUAACUAAUGGCACUAUUUUAUGUGAUAAGCUGAUAAGCAAGUUUGAGCCCUGCAGUAAAACCCAGGCAUUUCAAACUGUGUGACUGGUUAAACCACCAGAUUUGUUUAUAUAUGGAAAUAUCGAAAAGAGAACAGUUCUCAUAGUCAGAUGUUGUUUUUGGUAAGACCUCUGCAAAGGCCCCAAAGGCCUGCAUUGCAACAAACAUGUUCACCAGGUUUUCCCCUUGGAUAUGUCAAAUAUAAAAGUAGACAGACUGGUCACUUGGUAAUUGGAUGGAAACGAAUGGAAGAAAGAUGGAUAAUUGGUUUGUAGUAAAUGUCCUGUAAGAUUGUGCCUAACAAAAGAAUGAGAGAAAGAAGUGGAUAAAUUAGAUUGAUAUCAGAGAUGAAUAAAAUGGGAGAAAUUGGUGCGAAAAUUUUGAGAGCUGUUAUAUCUGCACAAGCUGCCAUAAAUCUUUGAACUUUUGAAUGUAUAUUUAUUUUUCUUGCAUUUUAUUUUACACAACUUUAACAUUGGCUAAAAACCAGAGUUCAUGUAUAUAUAUAUCAUUAUUUGCAUAUUUUUUUUUAUAGGAGUUUUGAAAUAACUUUCACGGUGAGGAUGAGAAUGAUUUCUGUCACAUCAAUUAAAUGUGGUUACUUAGGCAAAUACUGUAUUGAUUGGUUACUGGUUACUUCCAGGCCAUCUUCACAAGCCAAGGGUUACCAUCCGGUCUUCUUACUCUCCAAGAGUACGUACACCGUACUGGAUGGUAACCCUUGGCUAGUGAAGAUGCUCCCAAGUGUUCCUGGGACAACACAUCUCUGACUCAAAGUAAGGUGAUGGGCUUAUAACCAGACUUAAGCUUGGGCUUACCAGUGUAUCAUCAAACUUAUCGCUGGAUUAGUACCCUUUAUUACAGCUCUACCCAGGUCAGGGUUUUUGAGCUUUCAAAAUUCAUCUCAAAUGCUCCCCUUGCUCCUUAGUUUCUUGUGUUGCAGCAAGAAAGUCCUCUGAAUUUUUCGUUUAUUAAAUUUAAUACAGGUAAUGAAAUAGUUUUAAUAAAUUUUCAAAAAUAUUUGUAUCAAGACUAGUGGUGGAUGUUCGGAUUAUAAUUGGUGUGUAUAUAAGAUUAUUCAUUUAUUUUGCAAAUUGUGUACAUAGUUUUUCGUUGUUAGUGCAAAUGCUGAAUGUGUGUGUGUGUGACUCAGACUCAUUUGUAGCAUGAAGCUGUGGCAAUUGUGAAAAAGACAAUGAACUUAACUCAUUCACCCCUGAAAUAUCAUAAUGAAUUAUUCCAACCUUUGAAUUGGAAGAGUUCAAAUGAUACUU